CUCCUAUAAGAAAUUAUUAGUAUUUGAAAACCACCCCGACACGGAAAUUGUACUUUAGAUGAAAACGCUUUACUAAAAGGGCUAAUAACUAUGCCGGAUGUAAAAGAAAUAUAUAACGAAAAUAAAGAAUGCAAAAUUAGAUGGGCUUAUCGAAAACAAUGAUGAGUGCGAAUUUUCGGGCAUAGCCGACCAUGAAUACUAUCGUUAUUAGUAUGCUGUUUUUAUUAAUCCUUUUUUGGUAUUCUCCCUUUUUAUUUUACCUAUAGUAAAAUACGAUUUAUAAUUUAUUCAAGUUAUCGUUCGUGUAAGCGAGAUUUUAUGUGAAUGUUGUCUGUGAUACUGUCUAUAGAAUAAACUCCUAACACUAAAUAAAAUCGGCCUCUUGGUUGCCUGGUACAGCAUAUAAUUGUGUACCUGUUGACCUCUACCUCCUCUACCUGUACGGCUGGUACGCCUUGUACGGGAAUCGGGAGCGGAACUUAAACACAGGAAUCAUGAAAUCCCGGGUGUGAACACUCAUUUUUACUUCGUCUUUGUUACACUUCUUUUUACACGGGAACGAAUUAACAAUUCGGUUUGCUGUGCUCGGAUUUCGCGGAUGUAUAUUAUUGACGUAACGCGUAACCGUAAUCCGAAGCAAACAUUAUUAAAAUAAUAAUCAAUCUUGGUAGCCACAGCGUUUGCCACACUGUAAGAGAAUGCGGGGUAAAGGCAAGAAGAAACAUAACGAGAAAAAUGGAAAACGAGGUAAAAAUGGAAAAAAUGGCAAAAACAAUAACGGUGAUAAAAGUAAAGGUGCAAAGAAAUCGAGGAAGGGUGGAGGGAGAGCGAAAUUCACCAUGGACAUCUUCAAUGAAGAAGUUAUGGAAAAUGCAUAUUACACUUGCCACAAUAUCAUGGACGUGUUGAAAUGUAGAGGAUUUCCUUGGCCAGGAGCUCAAAAGAAGAAAAAGAAGGGAAGAAAGUGAAUAGUAAUCAGAGUAAAACUAGA